UUAUGAUACUGAUGACGACAUCAACGACAAUCAGUUGUCUCGCAAUUUAUCUUUGUCAUCUUUUAGCAAUACCUGUGUUGUAAGAUUGUUGACAUUGUGUUUAAUGAUAAAUAUAAAAUGAAAAACCCAUAAAUUAACAAUAAUAAUAAUAAUUUUUAAAAAGUGUAUGAAAAAAAAAAAAGUUUUAAAAUAAACGCGGGAUCAACUUGUAAAUAAUUACAGUACUGCUAGAAGACGGAGCUUUAUUUAGAUUUAUAACGUUUGGUCGUUAUCAUGAUAAAUCCCUGGUCGCUGGUGUAGAUAACAAAAACAAAGAGAAAAGAACAAGUUGGUUAAGUGUAAAAAUUACGCAUAGAUAUAUUUUUUUAACAUAAUUAAAUAUGCCUGAUAGUGCAGCUGUUUAUCGACCUACAACAGUGGGUUAUAGUUAUGAAGCCAACGGCGAUGGUAAUGAGAGCGGUGUCGGGGUCGGAGGUGGUGUAGGGUUAAGAAAUGGAUUUUCACGAAUAAUGUUCAGGCACAAGGUCAGUACUAGGAAAUGGCUUGAAUGGGUGCUACUGUCAGUUGCACUGUGUGCUACUGUUGCUGGGCUUACGACUAUGCUAGUUAAUGUCAUAGCUUCUGAAAGUUCUUUACCUUCGGAAAUUGUCCAGGAUAAUUCAAAAAACGGAUCAAAAUCAGACACAACAACUAAAGUUGAGGAUGUUGUUAAUCAGGAUCACAAAGGAUCGUUAGCCGCUGGAGCAAGUAUUACUCUAAUAGGAUUGGUGAUGGGCGCCCUGUGGACUUGGUUACGUUUCUUCCGACACGGUGGCAAAUCCCAGAGAGGCGGAAUAAGUCGUGCCAGCGGACAGAUGUUGGGCGGUUUGAAUCCAUCAACUGACUUGCUGGUGGGUUCCACUUCGCAGUACGGGCCAGUACUCACUGAGGUGCCGAGCCAGAUGACCAACAAGCAGAUCAUCAACGAGACUCGAGCUGUCCCAUUGUCAGACCAGGAGGAGGAGACGCACACGCUCAUGCCGGAUUCAGCUGCUGUUCCAUCUGCAGUCACCAGUGACUCCAGUCAUCCUACCAAUCAAUUAGCAGGCUGAGUACAUGAUUACUUAGAGUAAAUCGUACACAAAAAAUAGCUUUAUCUUCUCUCGCGCUCCAUUUUAUUUUUUAGAAUGAGAAACAGUUACUCUGUAAGAUUUUAUUUUUAAUCAUUUGAAUUCAUUACACAUUAUAUUUUUUUUUGGUUGUAUUUGUUAUGUAACUGAUAACAAUAGACAAACUGUGAUUCUGCGGAAGCAAAAACUAACUUGUUAAUUAAGUUAAUGCACAAUUAUUGAAGAAAAAAAAAACGAUGAACAAAAAUUGUAAAGAAUAAAAUUCACUCUAUUAACAAUUGUUACUUUAGAUGUUAUGUUAUAAAUAUUUUUAAGUACUAGAAUGUAUGUACUUAUAAUUUUAAUUUUAUGUAAGACUUUAACCCGUAUACAUUUUACUUUUAUUAUUAUUAUUUUUCCAUUAUACUUUUAUUUUAUUCCGUCCACUGAUACGUACAACUUACCCAUGCUUGUAAAGUAUGGGUGGAGUUUAUUUACAUUUUACAAUCAAGUUUUGAUUUUUAUCAUACAUUUUAAUCAUUUGACUCCUUUUUUAAACUUUUUUUGUUAUCAUAUUACAAGUGUAUGAACGGAAAUAAAGACUGAGUGAAUGAAAAAUCAA